CAGCGGCGGGUCACAGCCUCCUGAGUGACGCGUUUCCUGGCAUUACACCGCAUUUAGGCUGACCAUCGACGCGAAGAAAGGUUUAUGCGCUCAUGAUCACUGCGUGAGGUGGCCCGUCUUGACGUAUUUGACGGCUGACAGCGCGCGAAAAUUUGGCCCGAAACGGCAAAGCGGGGAAAAAGUUCACAAAAAGAGCCACCGUCGGCAGUAUUCGCACAUGAGUCACUGCGCGGUGUUGUCGCAAGUGCUUUGGUUUGUUAAUCACCCCAGAGAGCUUUACGGUGUUCGAAGAGUGGACGUAGGGCUGAAGAGGCAUUUAUUGGAGCCUUCGCUGCAUUUUUUCCGGGCUGAAAAAGGUUGGUUAUUGCUGUAGCGAGCGAAAAUACCGGUCCGCAGCGCCCCCCGCGAUGCGCUCCUUCCGCGGCCGCGGUUAAUUGCAAAAAAGUAGUCCCUCGCGUCGAAAAUUUAUGUCGGUUGCGGGUCGAUGCGCGGUGUUCUGUGCCAGUCGGACCAACUAUUUGAAGUGGAUUAUUGGAUCAAGUGGACAUCGACGGUGAUCUGUGACCCUGUGUGGACGAGACAAGCGUGCGGAGGGACUUGGUUAUCCUUACUUUCCUUCUCACAGAUGUUCCCGCUUUCGAAGUGGCCAGAAUAAUUGUGUGCGUGCGGUUGAUAAGGCCAUGCCCGUGUGAGCAUCGUUUUGCGGCUUUCCAAGCCAAAACACGUGGUGACUGUGAGCAUCGUCGAGGUCCGAGAUGCGCGCCGGACCUCCGGGGAGCCGGAUUACGUGCGCCGCGUGAGGAUGCGACCGUUCAGGGUGUGGGCUUAGUGGCAGUAUGGCAGCGCCAGCGCAGAGCCUGCUGAAUUGUGAACAAAAAACGGCAGACAGCGCGGAGCUGCCUCCUCCCGGAUCCGGCGGAGGACUCAAGAAUGGUGCUUCGGGCGAAGAGCUCAGCGCGGACGAAAUUCCGGCUGGCGUGAUGGUGAACAACCGGGUGAAAUCUCCGAGCAACGCCAGCGGACACAUCGGCCGAGAACUGACAAUGGAUAACUUCCAAGAUGGAGGUACCCACCAGCUGAACGCUAGGCCUAGCGCUGUCGCCGGCGAUCCGGCUGCUUUUGCCGAUCGACAGCGACUCGGUUCCGACUUCCGAGCCUACAAUCCGAACCUGAGGGAUUCUGUGAUGGGAGGCGAGGAGUUCCGGAACUCUCCGGAUGGCAUGAAUCACGUUCCGGUGCCCGGUUACGGUACGGGGUAUGCGGACCGGGGAGGCUACAUGGCGAGCCAACAUGGCGGCCCCAAUCUACCUGGGAACGCCAACGACCCUGCUCAGAGCAAGCUCUACCAGCAUUACAACCAGCAGCACAUGAGGCCCGGCUAUCCGCAGGGCCCGCGGGCCGCGAUGGGGCCCAUGGGGGGACCGCAGCGGCCGGGCUCCAUGAUGCCCUGCUACCCGCCGAGCGCCAACGGUGGCGGUGCACCGCCGCAACGUUUCCUCUCGGGACCGAGCCUGAGCCAGCAGGGUGGACCCACGCCUACGCUCAAUCAGCUGCUGCAGUCGCCGAACCCGCUACAUCGCUACCAGAACAGCUACGGCGAGUACAACUCCAUGCACAAGGGCAUGGCAGACGUGGGACAGCAGUACUCGCCGUGGGCCCGUGGCUCCUACCCGCAGCAGAUCGCCGCUCCCAUGUACAGGCCACCGGUGAGUUGCCCUGCACGAAAAAAAUCACACAGUGUCGUCGUAGAUCGCGCGAUCGGGCAGCAGCUUGCACGUCCGUGA